AUGCGUCGCUCGGCUCUACGGCGUCCCGAGACGUUAACCGACAAGUACCGUCUGCUCGGCAAGAUCGGCGAAGGCACGUAUGGCAUGGUCUUUAAAGCUGAAGCAUCAGCUGGUGCAGUCCAUCCUCGUGCCGCAGCGGCUGUGCCCUCCUCAAGUGCCACGUCGUUAUCCUCCUCGACUUUAUCCAGUGCCUUAGAAUCCAGUGACGAGCGCCUGACGUUUGCGAUAAAACUUGUGAAAUCGCAUAAAGAGGGCAAAAACGACGUGGUGUUAUCAAGUGCUACAGUGCGCGAGAUCAAACUAUUGCGGGAACUGCAUCACGACAAUGUCGUGCACUUGCACGACGUGCACGUGGACGCCCGAGACAAGUCGUUGGCGCUGGUGUUUGAGUACGGAGACCACGAUCUGCACGACAUUAUCGUCCAGAGCAAACAAAAGCCAUUGGGCGAGUAUACGCGCAAGUCGCUCAUGUUUCAGAUUCUCAAAGGGGUGGAUUAUAUGCACGACGCCUGGGUCAUGCAUCGAGAUAUGAAGCCACAGAAUAUUCUUGUGGUUGGCCAUGGACGCAAACGAGGACAAGUCAAGUUGGCUGAUUUAGGUCUUGCUCGGAUUUAUAAGGAGCCGAUCAAGGCUUUGUCGGAUGUCGAGCGUGUGGUGGUGACUCUCUGGUAUCGCGCCCCCGAGCUGUUGCUUGGAGCCAAACAUUAUACGAAAGCGGUGGAUCUCUGGGCUGUUGGCUGUAUUUUUGUCGAGCUCAUAAACACUCGCGAGCUGUUUUGUGGGAAAGAAGUGGAAGGGUCGAACGCACCGUUUCAGAAAGAUCAGUUGGAUAAGAUUUUUAAGGUGUUGGGGAUGCCGACGCCACAGACGUGGGAAGGGCUUGAGAAUCUACCAGAGUAUCAUCACGUGGUGCAGAUGGGGCGUGAACGCAAGUACCCGACACAUUCGGAGCUGAAAAACGCAGUCAAGGUUGGUCCAGGCCGGGCUGGAGCAGCUUUGCUUGACUUGCUCUCGAGACUGCUGGAAUAUGACCCUGAAACGCGCAUUACAGCAAAAGAAGCGCUUGAACACGAGUACUUUACGGAAAUUGAGCCUGAGCCGAGAGAUUGGGCCUUCGAUGAGCCUGGCAAAGAACCCAUUUCUUUUCGCACGCAGACUGUAGAGCCCGUGAGCGAUGACAUUCUUCCGUGGAAAUGCAAGAAAGAAAGCACAGUAGCGACGGAGGCUAGACAAUCGGAAGGUGGUGCGUGUAGUCCUCAUCGAGACGGUGCUGGCAGCCAUGCUUCACAGCAUCACAACGACCAUCGCGGGCGCGACGCUCACUCACGGAGCCGCAGCCAUCAUAACUCGCGAGAUGCUCAGCAACAUUCCCAGCGGCGCAACGAUCGCAACCAUGCGGGAGAUGCCAGUACGCGAAAUAGAGGAGCGUUUGCAGGAGGAAAUGCGCCAGGUCGUGGCGGGCCCGGCUGGAGAGACCGAGGAUCUGGUCGUUCAGGUGGAGCUGCAGCUACGAAUGCUGGUGGUGUGGCAGGAAGUAAACGGUCAGGCGGAGGUGAACUCGGUGGCGCUUCCAACUCGGGGCGUCCCAGGAGUCCUAAGCAACAACGGCGACGUUAG